AUGCCGGACAACACAUGGUCGAACCCUUACAAGCUAUGUUCUCUGAAAAGUGUAAGCUCUGGCCCUUCACAGGGAAUAGUGUACGAACUUGAUGAUUUCUCUGUGAUCAAAGUACCAUUUCAGUAUCCUGUGGGCAACGGCUCUACUGUCGACGAACAGAACGAUCAUCUGGCACUGUCACUGAAAAGCUUCAGAUGUUAUAAGCAAGAAAGUCGAAUCUAUGAAAUACUGUCAAAGCACCCUCAUCCAAACAUUGUAACCAGAUUUCAGUCCAGCAAGCCGGAUUGCAUCGUCCUCGAAAGAGUCAAGCCACUAGAGCAAUCUUGGAGGAACUCGACGCAGCAGGUUCGUGGAACCUGGAUUUUCGAGCUCGUUGAUGUCUUGUCAUUUCUGGAACAAGAUCUCGGAUACCUUCACGGAGAUAUCACGAUAUCCAACAUUGGUAUCGGCUAUGACAAUAGGCUGAAAAUAUUUGACUUUGGCUCGGCGGUUCACAAAACGGACGAUGAUUUUGAACAUCAAGUUCUUGAAGACCUGUCCAAUGCCGCCAAUUGUAUCUACUUUCUAGCGACUGGGAUUGAUCUUUUUGCAGAGGCCAAAAGUGCCGCCGACAUCCAUCGUAUCCGAGAAGACCUCCAGACGGGCAAGUAUCCCUAUUCAGCCUCGGCGAAAUCGUAUCAGGAAGUGAUCGAAGCAUGCUGGUCUCAAAACCGGUUCACCUCAUUCAAGCACCUGAAGAAGGACCUUGAUGGCCUAGAAGUACAGACAGCCGGCGACUUAGUGCUAUCAGAGCAUACGGGGUCAUCACCUGAUUUGUUGUUGGAAGGGUUGAUAAGGGAAGAAAGUUGGAUGAAUGAGGAAGAGUAUUGCAUCGCAUGGAGGCAAAAGGGCUUCGAAAUCCCGCUCAUAUGA